UAUACCUACUGAGCGAUUGGAAACUGGUCUGAGAACAGCUGGAAAGACACGGAACUCUGAAUUAAGUCACAUCCGCUUUCAGUCUCGAACAACCGCCACCAAAAUGGCGAAGAUCGCCAAAACGCACGAAGAUAUCGAGGCCCAGAUCCUGGAGAUCCAGGGGAUGAAGGCCUCCCUGCUGGAGGAUGGAGAGCAGGGAGUGGGCCUGAUCUCCACUGGCGUUUUUGAUCCAGAGAUCUAUGAAGGCAGCGACAGUCGCUUUGCAGGAUACGUUACUUCCAUUGCUGCCAAUGAGCAAGAGGAGGACGAUGAAGAUGAUACGUCAACAAGCUUGUUGGGACAAAAGAAGCCAGGGUACCACGCGCCGGUGGCAAUACUUAAUGCCAUUCCUCAGUCAGAUGAACAGUACGACCCAUUUGCAGAGCAUCGUCCACAGAAGAUUGCAGAGCGGGAGGAUGAAUACAAGGCUCGGCGCAGACAGAUGAUCAUCUCUCCUGAGCGUCUCGACCCCUUUGCAGAUGGGGGCAAAACACCGGAUCCCAAGCUGCAGGUUAGGUCGUAUGUGGACGUCAUGUUGGAGCAGAACCUGUCCAAAGAGGAGAGAGAGAUUCGUCAGCAGCUGGCAGAGAAGGCCAAAUCAGGGGACCUGAAAGCUGUUAAUGGGUCUGCUGCUGCCCAAGCUGUCCCUAAACGUAAGCGUCGCUGGGACCAGACAGCUGACCAAACCCCCUCCAAUGCUACACCCAAAAAGAUGUCCAGCUGGGACCAAGCUGAUGCCAGUGCUGAAACUCCUGGACAUACCCCUGCGCACACACCUUCAAACAGCCGAUGGGAUGAAACCCCCGGCCGCCCUAAAGGCAGUGAAACCCCAGGGGCCACUCCCAGUUCCCGAAUGUGGGACCCGACUCCUAGCCACACGCCUGCCGGUGCUGCCACACCAGGGAGAGACACGCCUGGCCAUGCCACACCUGGUCACGGGGGAGCCACAGGAAGCGUUCGCAAAAAUCGCUGGGACGAGACUCCAAAGACUGAGAGGGAGACCCCAGGACAUGGGAGCGGCUGGGCUGAGACCCCAAGAACAGAUAGAGGAGAAGAGUCAGUGGGCGAAACUCCGACUCCAGGAGCCAGUAAGAGGAAGUCUCGGUGGGAUGAAACCCCUGCCAGCCAGAUGGGCUCCUCAACACCACUUUUUACCCCAGGAAAAACUCCCAUAGGCACACCAGCUAUGGAAUUGCAAACCCCAACUACAGCACACAUGACUCCAGAGCAGCUGCAGGCAUGGAGGUGGGAGAGAGAAAUUGAUGAGAGGAACCGACCUCUAACAGACGAGGAGCUGGAUGCCAUGUUCCCAGAGGGCUACAAGGUGUUGCCUCCUCCUGCAGGCUACGUGCCUAUCCGUACCCCAGCCCGUAAGCUGGCGGCCACGCCCACACCUAUUGGAGGCAUGACGGGCUUCCAUAUGCAGGCAGAGGAUCGCACCACAAAACAGAUGAAUGACCAGCCCUCAGGAAAUCUCCCUUUCCUCAAACCUGAUGACAUCCAGUACUUUGACAAACUGCUGGUGGAGGUGGAUGAGUCCACUCUGAGCCCCGAGGAGCAGAAAGAAAGGAAGAUUAUGAAGCUGCUGCUGAAGAUUAAAAAUGGAACUCCUCCCAUGAGAAAGGCUGCUCUGCGUCAGAUCACAGAUAAAGCUCGUGAAUUUGGAGCAGGUCCCCUGUUCAACCAGAUCCUGCCCCUGCUCAUGUCCCCCACCCUGGAGGAUCAGGAGCGCCAUCUUUUGGUUAAAGUCAUUGACCGCAUUCUCUACAAACUGGAUGACCUGGUCCGACCAUAUGUUCACAAGAUCCUGGUGGUUAUUGAGCCGCUGCUCAUCGAUGAAGACUAUUAUGCCAGAGUGGAAGGCAGAGAGAUCAUCUCUAACUUGGCAAAGGCUGCUGGUUUAGCUACUAUGAUCUCCACGAUGCGACCUGAUAUUGACAACAUGGACGAGUAUGUCAGAAACACCACCGCCCGAGCCUUUGCUGUUGUAGCCUCCGCCCUCGGGAUCCCCUCUCUCCUCCCUUUCCUGAAAGCUGUGUGUAAAAGCAAGAAGUCCUGGCAAGCUCGGCACACAGGCAUCAAGAUUGUGCAGCAAAUCGCCAUCCUCAUGGGCUGCGCCAUUCUGCCUCACCUUCGCAGUUUGGUCGAGAUUAUUGAACAUGGGCUUGUGGAUGAGCAGCAGAAGGUGAGGACCAUCAGUGCCCUGGCUAUAGCUGCCCUGGCUGAAGCUGCCACACCAUACGGUAUCGAGUCCUUUGACUCUGUGCUGAAGCCACUGUGGAAAGGCAUCAGGCAACACAGAGGAAAGGGUCUGGCUGCUUUCCUCAAAGCUAUUGGUUACCUCAUCCCACUGAUGGAUGCUGAGUAUGCAAACUACUACACCAGAGAGGUGAUGCUGAUCCUCAUCAGAGAGUUUCAGUCCCCUGACGAGGAGAUGAAAAAGAUUGUGCUCAAGGUAGUGAAGCAGUGCUGUGGCACAGAUGGUGUUGAGGCCAACUACAUCAAGACUGAAAUCCUGCCCCCCUUCUUCAAGCAUUUCUGGCAGCACAGGAUGGCUCUGGACAGACGCAACUACAGACAGCUGGUGGACACCACAGUGGAGUUGGCUAACAAAGUGGGAGCAGCAGAGAUCAUCUCACGUAUCGUUGAUGACCUGAAAGACGAGGCAGAACAGUACAGGAAGAUGGUGAUGGAGACCAUUGAAAAAAUCAUGGGCAACUUGGGCGCAGCUGACAUCGACCACAAGCUGGAGGAGCAGCUGAUCGACGGUAUUCUGUAUGCCUUCCAGGAGCAGACGACAGAGGAUUCUGUCAUGCUGAAUGGUUUCGGUACAGUGGUGAAUGCUCUUGGGAAGCGCGUGAAACCCUACCUGCCACAGAUCUGUGGUACUGUACUGUGGCGUCUCAACAACAAGUCGGCCAAGGUCCGUCAGCAAGCUGCUGACCUGAUCUCCCGCACGGCUGUGGUCAUGAAGACGUGCCAGGAGGAGAAGCUGAUGGGUCAUUUGGGAGUCGUGCUGUACGAGUAUCUGGGAGAGGAGUACCCUGAGGUGCUGGGCAGCAUCCUUGGAGCGCUGAAGGCCAUUGUGAACGUCAUUGGCAUGCACAAGAUGACCCCACCAAUCAAAGACCUGCUUCCUCGUUUGACUCCCAUCCUGAAGAACAGACAUGAGAAAGUCCAGGAGAACUGCAUCGACCUGGUGGGCAGGAUCGCUGACAGGGGUGCUGAGUACGUGUCUGCCAGGGAGUGGAUGAGGAUCUGUUUCGAGUUGCUAGAGUUGCUCAAGGCACACAAAAAGGCAAUUCGCAGAGCCACCGUCAACACGUUUGGUUAUAUCGCCAAAGCCAUCGGUCCUCACGAUGUCUUGGCCACUCUGCUCAAUAACCUUAAAGUCCAGGAGCGACAGAACAGGGUCUGCACGACCGUAGCCAUCGCCAUCGUUGCUGAGACCUGUUCACCCUUCACGGUGCUGCCGGCCCUAAUGAACGAAUACCGCGUGCCUGAGCUCAACGUGCAAAACGGUGUACUGAAGUCCCUCUCCUUCCUGUUCGAGUACAUUGGAGAGAUGGGCAAAGACUACAUCUAUGCCGUCACGCCGCUGCUGGAGGAUGCUCUCAUGGACAGAGACCUGGUCCAUAGACAGACAGCCAGCGCUGUGGUUCAGCACAUGUCCCUCGGUGUCUACGGUUUUGGCUGCGAGGACUCCCUCAACCACUUGUUGAACUACGUGUGGCCCAACGUAUUUGAGACGUCACCUCACGUCAUCCAGGCUGUGAUGGGCGCUUUGGAGGGGCUGAGGGUCGCUCUCGGGCCCUGCCGCAUGCUGCAGUACUGCUUACAGGGUCUGUUCCAUCCAGCCAGGAAAGUGAGGGACGUCUACUGGAAGAUCUACAACUCCAUCUACAUCGGCUCUCAGGACGCCCUGAUUGCUCACUACCCACAGGUCUACAACGACGACAAAAAUGUCUACGUCCGCUACGAGCUCGAAUACACCUUGUAAAUAAAAAUUCAAAAGCAACACCGCCUAUUAAAACAGGACUUUGAGAAUCACGACCCUCAGAGGUCCUUCAUAAUCUCACAUUAAGAUUUUUUUUCAAAGUUAACCGACUCAGCAUCUCUCUGCAGAGCUCUCAUGUGGCCAUGUGAGAUAUGUCUUGAGGGAAGCAAGAGCUGCUGUCAGUGUGUGUGUGUCUGUGUGUAUGACCUAGAAGUGUAGCACUUCCUGUUAUUUUCAGACAUGCUGAUGAUGCCUGAUAACUGGAUGCCUCAGACUUUUUUUCUUUUCAUCCCGGUCUUAUCAACAGUGGAUACCAUAACAAUCCCACUGCUGUAACGUCUCUUUUAACUUGUCAUCUGCUGAAUUGAUUCCGAGGUUGACGUCAUGUCUAAAAUUCCUCGGAUGUGUUUGUGAAUAAACAUCAACUUUUUUUUUCUCUCUCGUUUUUUGUGCGUGCGUGGAAAUGAAAGACUCUGUGGGGUAAAAAAAAACCUCAUCGCAGAACGCAAAGGAAGUACAGGAAGUCGUUGACUUCUGACUUUCUGCCAAAGCACAGUUAUGUGUCUGUUGUAGAUGUGCACACGAUUUGAAGCAGGUGAAACAUUGAGACCUCUUUAAAAAUGACUGCAAACAGAAAUGGGAACGAUUUUGUCCUUUUCAAAUACGUAAUUGUUCGUGUUAAACUCAACUUUUAAAACGUUCUCAACUUUCUUUAUAAUUAGCCCCAAACCAUAGGAUUGUCUUUACAAAGCUGAAUAGUGGAUCAUGUUCAGGAAAUUACAAGGAACGUUUCCAGGUAAUUACAAGGACAAAACGAAACUUGUUACGCUUUCACUGUUUGAGGAAGUCUGAAGUGUGCCACUGAGCCUGAGGAGAAGAGACUGAGCCAGUAUGAGGCCUGUUACCUCAGGCAUCAGCGGAAAUUAAGGCAUUGUUGCAGAGCACAUAUAUUUCAGAUUAGCCUGCUAGUGUGUUUGGAGGAUGCCAGUGGAAUGAAAACAUUGGUAAUCAGAUGCAGGAUGUUUGUACAGUAUAAGGUGGAGAUUGGAUUGUCCUGCACCGGCCCAGAACCUCAGGUUCUAAUAGCUGGUUCCACUCGGUUCUUGUUCACGAUUAGUAAAAUCAGUGUUCAGAAAUUCCCCCAAAAAACACAUGUACUGAAUGCUAAUGACCCAGCUUGCUUUUAGAAGCAGCACUCCAUUAGCUUAAACAGGAUAGCAUAAGCCAAAACAUGUUAAUGGUAGCUGAUUGACGAAUCUAAACUGGACAACAUUAGUCGUCUUGCAACCACGUCUUUGGCCUUCACGUGGAAUUUAGGUUUAAGGAACUUUCAUCUUGGCUUCAUUUUUGCACCAACAAAUAAAGCUCAGUGAAUUUCCACGUCUUCUGCUGUUUGUGGCCCAAACAGGGUUCUAUUAAUUACUGAUUUAGACCAAAGAAAAAUAAGCUCAGGUGCUUUCAUAAAUGUUAAGCUAACAUUAGCCUUUGGCAGCAUUGCUACUCCACAAACAACAAUGGCUCCUGACUAGUUACUAGUGUUAAAAACAUCUCCCGCAUCCCUAUAACCUGUUGUUAAAUCCAGGCUUUGUGGAGGAUUACACCAGGUGUAGAUGUCAUAAAACAGUAACAUUUAAAGAGAUCAACAUUGUCUUUUGUUUUUAAUUUUAGUGAAUGGAGAACCUUUAAUGUAUUUAUUACAGAGUCAUAUGUGUUCUGCAGUCUCAUUGGUUGCACACCUCAAGGUUGAGAUAGGUUUAUAUUGGGACAUGCCUACUUCAAGGCACUAGUGGUUUUGUUUUUUUGCCAGUAGUCACUUGAAACUGCUGAACGUCACUGACUUUCUUUGGUCUGUAGUCACCACACCGCUGCAAAUCUUUCCUUCCUUGACAGUACUUGUAUUUUUUGACUUUUGUUCCUCUUUAACUUAUCCCUCAUCCUCUACCCAUUUGCUAAAUAUCCCCAUACGUGAUCCUUGCGUCUGUAUACCAGUAAGUUUAAAUACAUUUGGAAAAAAGGGCUGAAAAUAACUUCUGUGCUGAUUUCAUUACAUAACAUUUUCCACGUGAGUUGAGAACAUGACCUUUUUAGGGACAGAAUAGUCAUUAACAGAAAUCAGCACAUACUUGGAAAAAAGUAGUAAAAAUAUUCAUCAGCUUUCAGAGUUACUGCAAAAAUUUUCUUCUAGUAGCUCUUGUGUGAGCACGUGUUGGAUUUCUCUGAUUUAUAGAGUUUGGGCCUUUUAAACAGUUGACAUACUUGAACUUGAGAAUAGAAGAAGUGUGACUUUUUAUUUAAAAUAUAUAAUUAUUAGAUCCUUAACACAAAAAGGCAUAUGUUAUGGCCAAAUAUGUUUGGCUGUUACCGGCAGGCUGACACUGCACGUUGAAGAGCAUUUUCUCAUUGUUAUUGGUUACUAACGGGAUGUUGGUCACAUUGGUUCUGCCUUAAGGCUAAUGGGAAGUGUGUGUGUGUUUGUGUUUGCAUGCGUGCGUGUAUGUGUGCAAGCUGCAAUAAUGAGCUCCUGUGUUUGAAAUAGCCUGUGGGGAUGAUAUACCAGGAAGACUAGUGCAGAAAGCCAAGUCCUGAUGUCAUUUCCUGUCUAAACCUGUCUUCCUCAAGCUUCACUGCAUUUCUCACUUAGCAUUUCUCUGAGUUAUUGGAUUUAUUUACUAGAGUUCCCAACAGAGGACACUAGCUUUUCUACUAAGGUAUUCCCCUGACACAUCCUAUGAAUCGUUGCCUUCUUGUGGCAGUACCAGCCAACUCCUGAGAGAUGCCAGCUGAGUGUUUUUGUUACAGCCACUAAGCAUCGAGCUAAAUAUGCCUAUAAUCCUGACUCCAUCACUGCAACUUUGUGAGUGUGGGAACGAGCAUAGAUGAGCUCAUUUGCAUUAUUGUGUGACUCUGUCAGUGUUACACAUUAGAUCUGAUCUGAACUAGCAGCUUUAAACAUUAGUGUGGUAGAAAAGCAACUCCUGUGUACUGCAAGUAAAAGUAACAGCUACAGUCCUGCGACAUGCUGCGCACACGUGUCUGCCUUCACUCUCAGCAGUGAGUGAGAUGAUGGAUGCUGCAGCAAAAUUACAUUCAGGGGAAUGAAACAGUCAGAUGAGGAAGAAGUGUUGUGGCGUGCUGUAUUUUUUAAAGCAGAAGUGAAAAACUUCUCUGUGGUUGGUUCCUCUCUCAGGUUUCUGAGAAGGAGAGACUGUGUAACAGGAAGUGAGGCAGGAGUAGCAGAAACGCACAGGAAGUGAAGUGAGGCCUCCCUCUGCUCAGCCUGGUUCAUAAAUAACACAAUGAGCACAAUCUACACAUCAUCUACAUUUCGGUUUCAAUUUUGCAAAUUUUUAAAUUGAGACAUUUUGACUAUAUUUGUAAUUGUGUUUUUAGUAUUUUUUUUAACCUCUUAAGCCCCAAGCCUAACUGAUCUCCUGCCUUUUGUCCCUGUAUCAGGGGGCGUUGGGGCUUAAGAGGUUAAGUAAAGGAGCUAUAUCUGUUUGUUUUUCACGUUUUCAAAUGGGAGCAUUUGCUGUUGUCUUUAAAAAAAUCAUUUUCUAAAAACUGGUAGUCCUUAGCAUCCUGUUACUCUUGUUCCCCAAUACAAAUUUGCCGCCUUCAGAAUAUUAAUAAUUUAUAAAAAUAACAAUAAAGAAACAUAUUUAGAUAUUAAUGCUUAAAAUUUUUUGUAAUGAUAUUAACCUGCUACUGAUGUUGCUAUGACAAUGAUAUCAUAGCAACAUAACAUACUAGCCUAAAAAAAGAAUAGUUAGCUCCUUUGCUAGCCUGAACAAGCUAACAUCACCUGCUAUUUUAGCCCAAAUAGUAUAACACCAGUGAUAAUGACUUUAUUUUGUUUAGGUUAUUGUACAUUAGAUACAAUAACCUAAACAAAAUAAAGCUAGCUGAUAAUUUAAUAGAUUAAGCAGAAUGAGAUAAACUGAACCUAAACUGGAUACAUUACCUGCGAUCCUCAUAGGCUAAAGUAGAAAAUAGAGGUACAGUUUUAAAAAGUCAUGAGUUUAUAUAAUGUCAGCGCAUAGAUCAUAAUUGUGUUUCAGAAUUUAAUCCAUGCUUGUUUCAAAACAGGUUAAUUGUUAACAGAAAUGUAAUCAGGAAAAAUGAUAUUCCCAUACUUUGCUUCCAAAGAACCAGAACUUGUUCUAAUUUGUCAGAAUCUUCCUUUUCAGGGUUUGCCUUUGGACAUUGGCUGCUGUUUCACUCGUGACAAUUUUGAUUGUUAAAUUUAUUUAUUUAUUUAAUACAAACAUUUAAAAAAACAUAUUUGGCUUUAAUACUGUUUAGCAAAACCUGCAUGAACCUGAACCUGAACCUAAAAACUGGCCUUUAAGUCCGCCACAUGUUGUCCCAGUUUUCUGUGUUUUUGCAUUCUUUAAAAGCCUCUGAUAUCUGCUGUUUGGGCCUGUAUUUACCUCCCCUCUCUCAUCCUGAAAAGAAUAAUAGGGGCAUCGGAGACACUGAGCCCUUUUUUCUUUUUGUGAUGUGUAUCUACCAAAAAUUUUCCACAGUAGUUUCUCUGUCUCACAGAGAAACGGGAGAUAUAAGAAGUAAGGGAAGGCCUGCAUUUCUUUUGUGUACAGUCUGCAGUUUUUGUACACGCUGCAGCUUUAAGUACUGCACACAUAGGCAGCACUUCAUACCGUGGGAAGGAUCAUAGCCUUUUGUAACGUCCGUAGUGGUCACGUGACUGUUCUUUCUCGUCCCCACAGCCUCCUCUCAUCCAGGCAAUCUUCAGUGGAGAUUCUGAAGAGAUCCGUAUGCUCAUAUACAAGUCUGAAGACAUCAAUGCUCUGGAUGCAGAGAAGCGCACUCCGCUGCAUGCAGCAGCCUUCCUGGGCGAUGGCGAGAUCACCGAACUCCUCAUCCUCUCGGGUAAAACACGCCACGUCUUUCUUGCAGAUUUCAGCUGUUUUUGUUGUUGUUUUUUAUUGAAUGAAUGUAGAUGUGGAGCUUUAUGACAUUUAAAGCAUCCCAGAUAAAAUACAGUUAUCUCGUGUCCAAUUUAAAAACAAACACACAAACAAACCCCUACAUUGUUUUGAUAAUAUUAAAUUGCCUAAAACUUUACGUAGCCCGGCCACUAGCGCCCUGACUGUCGCCCUCAAUAUGCUUCAUCAUUUUCUGGUGAAAGUAAUCACCGUAUGGAUGCAUCUAAGGCUCAUGUUAGUUGAUGGAAGUGGAAGGCUUGUGUUUCCUGGAGCUGUGAGGAAAUUUCCAGAGUGCUUUGUAAACGUGAAGUUACAUCUUUUCCGUGUUUGCCAUGCUGUUUCUGCUCUGCAGGGGCACGUGUCAACGCCAAAGAUAACAUGUGGCUGACCCCUCUCCAUCGCGCUGUUGCAUCUCGGAGUGAGGU